GGAGGCGGGGGGCAAAGACAACAGGCUCUGCAGCAGCACAGGCAGCAGCUGGCGGAGCAGGAGCGCUACAAGCAGCAGCUCCUGGCCGACCGGCAGAAGAGGAUCCAGCAGCAGCACGAGCAGCGGCAGAAGUUAGAGGACCAACAGAGACGGCAGCUGGCAGACUGCGCCUUUCAGUGGGCGGAGCUCCAAGAGGUCUUGCUGGGAGAGGAGUCUGAUCUCCAAGACAACAGAAUCCUAUUGGAGGAGAGAAACAGGAGGAGUGACAGGAGACAGGACCAGGCAGGCAGACAGCGCAGUGCCGUUGUGUCAGUCAGGCCUCUGGACUCCACCGCAGAGCAGAGAGCCGUGGCUCCAAAGCAGCUGCUUCAGCAUAAGGCCCCGCUCCAGCUCCAGCUCCAGCCGCAGGCCAAGCUCCAGCCGCCUGCGGCCCAGCAUCAGCAUCAGCAGCCCUCAGCCGGCAGGAGGUCCCACCGCACGCUGCCCAAGGACCAGACCCAGCUCCUGUCUCUGCAGCACGACCACAGACACAGGGAGAGAGAGAGGCAGAGGCAGAGAGAGAAGCCUGGGGCCGCGGUUCAGAAGCUAACGGCUAACAGUGGGAGCACAACUGCUACUGCUGUGGCUGCCUCCGCGCCCAGCUGCCCCGCAAACAGCCAGCGCUCCGCGAUGGACUUCCAGGAAUCAAACCUAGCCAGGCUGCUCUUAGCUGCUGGUCUCCCCAGCCAGGUACAGUCCAGGCUGGGCUCAGGGAGCAGCUCCAGUCCCUGUACUCCAGCCAUGCAGAGGGCUCACCUCAACCAGAAUGCCAAUUUGCGCUCAAGUCGAGACGCCCCUCACAGCAGCUCCAUGUCAGAUAUGGCCAUCUCCCCGUUGUCCCCGUUGUCCCCCAUGUCUCCAACUGACGACGUCUUCUGGGACUCUAGAGUGCCACCUAAGGUCCCAGAACGCACUACCUCCAAGUUCUACUGUCGCGAGCUGGUGAUGGGACACAAGAGGGCAGCUUCAAGUGGCAGUCCAGUGUCUGUGGCAGAUCAACGCUCAGUGUCUCAGGGAGCCCCCCCGACUGGCAGCAACCACCCAGGGUUCUUCAAGCUGGAGAGUCCUCUUCUACAACACCGUCUCCAGCAGCACAGGAGGACACAGGACAAUGUGACCAGUGGACAAACACAGGGUGUCCGAUCUGCUCUGAUUCGCCUGCACAAGGCCACAGAAUAUUCAUCUUCCAGUGACGAGGUUGGCAGCAGCGAUGACGAAGAGAGGAACAGGUCUGACCUGUCCAAUGGAAAGGGGAAAUACUUCAGAGGAAUACCUGAUGGAAUCGUGCUGCAGCCUCACCACAAUCUCAAUCAGAUUUCUCGUGUAGCUGCAGAUGACACCUACAUGCUACCAGACCUUCUGCAGAAAACCUCCUCCUCCAGUCCUACCCACAAUGCACUGGGCCAGGAGCAGCGAAGGCGUGAACUGAACUACUCGCAGUCCCCCACAGCCCCUCGAUCCCCCACACACCAGGAACUACAUGCCAUCAGCAGUCCUACUGGUAAAAACACUUCCACGUCUUCUUCUUCCUCCUUCCUGUCAUUCAUCGAUCCAAGAUUGAUCCCCAUAUCAUCGCCACCCCAGAGCCCUGUGGGCAUUAAGGGUGAGCUGAUUAAGAGGGAGAACCACAGGAAGGGCUCGGUGGUGAACGUUAACCCGACCAACAUCCGACCGCAGAGCGACUCUCCAGAGAUCAGGAAGUACAAGAAGAAGUUCAACACUGAGGUCCUCUGUGCUGGACUCUGGGGUGUGAAUCUGUUAGUGGGAACAGAGAACGGUUUGUGGCUGCUGGAUCGCAGCGGGCAGGGGAAAGUCUACUCGCUCAUCAGCAGACGGAGGUUUCAACAGAUGGAUGUUUUGGAAGGACUCAAUGUACUAAUCACCAUAUCAGGUAAAAAGAACAAGCUCCGUCUGUACUACCUGUCCUGGUUGAGGAAUAAAAUCCUGCACAACGACCCAGAGGUGGAGAAGAGACAGGGCUGGACCUCAGUAGGUGACCUGGAGGGUUGUGUUCACUAUAAAGUGGUGCGUUACGACAAGAUUAAGUUCUUGGUGAUUGCUUUGAAGAACGCAGUGGAGGUGUACGCCUGGGCCCCAAAACCCUACCACAAAUUCAUGGCCUUCAAGUCCUUCCGGUCGCUGCCUCAAAAGCCGAUGUCUGUUGACCUGACAGUAGAGGAAGGCCAGAGGUUAAAGGUCAUCUACGGCUCCCUCUCAGGUUUCCACGCCAUUGACGUUGACUCUGGAACACCUUACGACCUCUACCUGCCUACACAUAAAGGAACGAUGGUGUUUAAAACAUGUGGGGACGACAGACUGCAGCAGGGACCUGUUGAAGAUGUCUGUGAACACCUCUGCCAGCUGAGCUGCACAAACCCUGAGAACACGGCCAGGGAUGCCAUCAGGUCCAGGAGCCUUGUGCUCUUGGGCAAAGGAGGGGCUGGUCUGAGUGUCACCCCGCUCCGGUUACCCCGAAUCAACAAGCAACUCGGGUGCACCGACAGAGCGGUUAACUCGGACACUCUCUUGGCUGACGUUAAGGCAAGUAGCAAUGCUGUCUUCCACAACAGUCCUUUCAGGGAGAACAGCUCCAGAGGCUCAAAUGGUUCUGUGACCAGAGCCUUGAGCACCAACGGCAGGUCCCGGAGGCGUGCACUACUGGGCGCAGCCUCCUGA